CGAAUGAUGGAUGCCCCCUCCACGUCCCGCCAGCCGCCAUCUUGGGGGGGGGUAGAGAUAGAGAGAAGAGACACUUGCAGGUGCGGUUGCGGCGCUUCGGGAUGGUGACUGACUUGGGCAUCUGUGGCCGGCUCUGCAGCACCGGGGUGGACGCUUCCAGCCGGACCGCCCAUCUGGAAUGAGGCCUCAGCGACUGCGCGGGUCGGCACUCUUCUUCCUCCUCCCUCGCGACAGCCGCAGCGGAAAACAUGCCCGGAAAGCUGAAGGUGAAGAUUGUGGCCGGCCGCCAUCUGCCCGUGAUGGACCGCGCCAGCGACCUGACCGACGCCUUCGUGGAGGUAAAAUUUGGUAAUACCACCUUUAAGACAGAUGUGUAUCUCAAAUCCCUCAACCCUCAGUGGAACUCAGAAUGGUUUAAAUUUGAGGUGGAUGAUGAAGAUUUACAAGAUGAGCCCCUGCAGAUCACAGUUCUUGACCACGAUACCUACAGUGCCAAUGAUGCCAUUGGCAAAGUGUACAUUGAUAUCGACCCCCUGCUCUACAGCGAAGCAGCAACAGUCAUCUCUGGAUGGUUUCCAAUUUAUGACACAAUACAUGGUAUCCGCGGGGAAAUCAAUGUAGUUGUCAAAGUAGACCUCUUCAAUGACUUAAAUCGAUUUAGGCAGUCAUCAUGUGGUGUCAAAUUCUUUUGCACAACAUCUAUUCCCAAAUGUUACAGAGCUGUAAUAAUUCAUGGUUUUGUAGAAGAACUUGUAGUCAACGAAGACCCGGAAUACCAAUGGAUUGACCGAAUCCGCACACCGAGGGCAUCCAAUGAGGCCAGGCAGAGACUCAUUUCUUUAAUGUCAGGUGAACUACAGAGGAAGAUUGGCUUGAAAGUACUUGAAAUGCGUGGAAAUGCAGUUGUUGGAUACUUACAGUGUUUUGACCUAGAAGGCGAAUCUGGCUUAGUGGUCCGAGCCAUUGGAACAGCGUGCACUCUGGAUAAACUAAGUAGCCCAGCAGCAUUUCUUCCUGCAUGCAAUUCCCCGUCCAAAGAAAUGAAGGAGCUUCCCUUCAAUGAAGAUCCCAACCCCAAUACUCACUCAUCAGGACCCUCAACCCCUCUGAAAAACCAAACUUAUUCCUUUUCACCUUCCAAGUCCUACAGUCGACAGUCCUCUUCUUCUGACACAGAUUUGAGUUUGACACCCAAAACUGCACCUUACCCACAGGGGCGUAGGAUUUUCCUGUGUCCCAGAUCCCCCUCUCUCUCUUGUGGUUCCCUUCAUCUUAAAAAGUCCUGUCUCCUCCUCUCGGAAUCUAGCCUUACCCCUCAUCAUUCUAGCCUUGUCAGCCCAGUGCUGAGGAAAAGUGUUUCUUUCAGUGAAGAGCUGUUCCUGGCUGCUUCUGGAAUGGGAAGUGGGAGUGCUGGAAAAGAAGGGGGGCCAUUUAAAGCUCUUUUAAGACAACAGACGCAAUCCGCACUGGAACAGAGGGAAUUUCCAUUUUUCACCUUGACGGCGUUUCCUCCAGGAUUUCUUGUUCACGUCGGGGGUGUUGUUAGUGCACGCUCUGUGAAGCUUUUGGAUCGCAUCCACAAUCCUGCCUUUGUCGGAAUUAUGGGUAACACAAGAUCUUACAAACUGCUAGACUGGAAUAGUUUCAAUUCAGAUGAACCGGAAACACGAGAUGCCUGGUGGGCAGAAAUCAGACAAGAAAUAAAAUCACAUGCGAAAGCAUUAGGCUGCCAUGCUGUGGUGGGCUACAGUGAAUCAACUAGCAUCUGUGAAGAGGUCUGUAUUUUGUCAGCAUCCGGCACAGCAGCUGUACUGAACCCAAGAUUUCUGCAGGAUGGCACUGUGGAGGGCUGUUUGGAGCAGAGGAUAGAAGAGAAUUUGCCUGCAGGCUGUGGGUUCUGCCAUAUACCAUAUGAUGAACUGAACAUGCCAUUUCCAGCCCAUCUCACAUACUGCUAUAACUGCCGAAAGCAGAAGGUCCCUGACGUUCUUUUUACAACUAUAGACCUCCCAACGGAUGCCACAGUCGUCGGCAAGGGUUGUCUUAUUCAAGCCAGGUUAUGUCGCUUAAAAAAGAAAGCACAGGCAGAAGCAAAUGCCACCGCUAUCAGUAAUCUGUUGCCAUUUAUGGAAUAUGAAGUGCAUACUCAGCUAAUGAAUAAGCUGAAACUCAAAGGGAUGAAUGCUCUCUUUGGACUGAGAAUCCAGAUUACAGUGGGGGAAAAUAUGUUAAUGGGUUUAGCGUCGGCCACUGCUGUGUAUUUAGCAGCCUUACCAAUGCCUGGUGGCAUUCAGAUUGCUGGGAAGACCCCCAGUGAUGGCUCCUACGAGCAGCACAUCUCCCAUAUGCAGAAGAAGAUCAGUGACACAAUCGCUAAGAACAAAGAGCUGUAUGAGAUCAAUCCCCCGGAGAUAUCUGAAGAGAUUAUAGGAUCACCUAUUCCAGAACCGAAGCAACGCUCAAGACUUUUAAGAUCUCAAUCAGAAAGCUCUGAUGAAGUUACAGAAUUGGACCUCUCACAUGGGAAAAAAGAUGCUUUCGUUUUAGAGAUCGAUGACACAGAUGCCAUGGAGGAUGUACAUUCUCUCCUUACUGAUGUCCCUCCUCCUUCAGGUUUUUAUAGUUGCAAUACAGAAAUAAUGCCUGGUAUAAAUAAUUGGACAUCUGAAAUACAGAUGUUCACAUCGGUAAGAGUAAUUCGAUUAAGCAGCCUUAACCUGACUAAUCAGGCUCUCAACAAGAACUUUAAUGACCUCUGUGAAAACUUGCUCAAGAGUCUGUACUUUAAACUCCGGUCUAUGAUCCCCUGCUGCCUUUGCCAUGUAAAUUUCACAGUGUCUCUGCCUGAAGAUGAAUUGAUUCAGGUUACAGUCACUGCAGUUGCAAUAACUUUUGACAAAAAUCAGGCUUUACAGACCACAAAAACGCAUAUUGAAAAGUCAUUGCAAAGAGCUUCUACAGAUAAUGAAGAACUUCUGCAGUUUCCACUGGAACUCUGCUCAGAUUCACUUCCUUCUCAUCCUUUCCCACCGGCUAAAGAACACCUGGAGAGUGCACGUUCUAACUCAGGUAUACCAGCUGCACAGAGAGCAACGUCAGUUGAUUACAGUUCCUUUGCAGACAGAUGCAGCAGCUGGAUAGAGCUCAUUAAACUGAAAGCUCAGACCAUAAGGCGCGGAUCAAUUAAGACAACUGUGACCGUGGAAAAAGCAAGCCCAAUGGGUGAAGGGAAUUUCCGGAAUCGUUCUGCACCACCCUGUGCAAACUCUACAGUUGGGGUUGUUAAGAUGACACCUCUUUCUUUCAUUCCUGGAGCGAAAAUUACUAAAUAUCUUGGGAUAAUUAACAUGUUUUUUAUUCGGGAAACUACUUCUCUUCGUGAGGAAGGUGGAGUCAGUGGCUUCCUCCAUGCUUUCAUUGCGGAAGUGUUUGCCAUGGUGAGAGCUCACGUCGCUGCUUUGGGAGGGAAUGCUGUCGUGUCCUACAUCAUGAAGCAGUGCGUCUUCAUGGAGAAUCCAAAUAAAAACCAGGCGCAGUGUCUUAUAAAUGUCAGUGGUGACGCGGUGAUUUUCGUUCGUGAAUCCGAAUUAGAAGUGAUAUCAACUCAGCAGCCGACUGCCAACUGCCAGCAGUCCUGUGCUGGAGGAGAAGUCACCACGUGAAGUGAUGAAGUGAUGGGGAUGAGGGACCUCAGCCCAGUGAAUCAUCUCUUUUGUUACCGUGCCAGACUUUUUUUUUUUAAGAGAAAAAAUUUGAACUAAAUUUGAGAUAAUUAAGGAAGAAUUGCUACAUUACAAGGGUAGAUUUGAUUUCUCUGGAAUCACUUGAAUGCGGGAAGAUCUUGUUUACAGAUUCUAGACAGAAAGGUUCCUUAGAACCUUAACCCUUCCGUAAGUUGUCUCAGAGAAAUACAACAAAAAUAGAAGGCAUGUGUGAUUUAUGCUGAUUUUUAAUAAAAUUGUUAUUUAAGAAAGAUGGAAAGCUUAUCUGGAAACCUCAUUGGCUACCCUAGUGUCUCUCAGAAACACUGGCCUGAACUCCUCAAAUUAUUGGUAGAGGAAUGUGUGGGUGGAAAUGGAGAAAACUUUUCAGAAAAUUGCUACAUAGGUUUCUUAAUGUGUCUUAUUUUGAAGAGGAAUUUGAUAACAGAAAAUUGCUCUAGUAAUCUUUUAGGGAGAAAUUUAAAUGUUGCAGCUUGUAUCCCCAGUGUGUUCUGUUGUACAAGAGAAAAAAAAAAAAGACAUAUCACAGUUGGUGUCUUUUCACUGAAAAACUUUGAUAAAUCUCUUAGGAGGUAAGAAAAAUGACUUUAAUUUCAAAACUGAUUCUGUUUGAGCUAACAUUUGACUUGUCUAGAACAGGUUUUGCUCUGACUAGGAAGAAAAUGAUCAGUGGAUUUUGUUGAAGUAGAGAAAUUAUAAUUGAUCUAGUAGGAAUGGUAAAUUAUUUUCUGAUAAAGCUAUUCUUUACUCCUACCAAAUAAAGAGAACUUUAAUGACAUACUAGGGAUUUUUUUAUGGUGACUUAGACCGUGUUUGGCAUAGAAUUUGAAGAUGUAACUUGAAUGUAAAUAUGCUGCAAAAUAUUGAAUGUAUACAUAGAAACAGUUUUUGUGUCAAUGCCAAAUACCUAUUAUAAAUGAACCUUAAAAGAACAUUUCUCCUCUGCACAGUAAAUAUUUCUUUACAAAGCUCGUGAUCUAGCUCUUCCAGGAUAACAAGCGUUUUAAAGAUUAGAGUUAUUUCCUUGUAUCACAGGUGUCAAUAUUUUUCUGUAUUUUGUUUAUAAUUUUAUUUUUUAAAUAAAAGUUUAUAAAGAU